AUCGGAAAUUCGGAUACCAACAGUCAGCAUCAUGGCCCUCAGCAGGAUGGUUGUCCCGCGAGCUCUCCUCAGGAGCAGCAUCGGAAUCGAUUUCGGUAUCGGUAUCGGCGUUGUCGGUAGGACUAAAGUUGGCCAGCAUCCAGUUGCAGUGAAGCUUCUAGGAGGAUCGACUGCUGACCGCCAACCACGGCGGUGGAAUUCUACGGCUUGCGGUGGAGGCCGGCUCAAUCCGUCACGAUCGAUUAGUGCCAGUUCACGGGCGGGUGAAAAACUGGCCACGGCCAAGGCGCCCCAGGUUCCCCGGCACGAUUGGAACCGUGCCGUUAGUGAGGCAGAACAAAUCGUUGGUUAUCCAACGUCGUUUUUGAAUCUGCGAUUCCUACUUAGCGAUGAAAUUGCCAAUGUAGCGCUUCAUUUGCGUAAACUGAUCGGCAGCAAUCAUCCGUUGCUCAAAUCGGCCAAAUCUCUGAUCUACAACGAUAAGAGCCAGCAGGCCUGGGGUCUGAUCAUUUUGCUGGUUUCGAAGGCAGCGGGCCAUACCGCCUCGGUUCCGGAAACGGACCAUGACAGCAGCGUCGGGGUGCUCCACUCGCAGCGCGCCCUUGCCGAGGUCACAGAAAUGAUUCGCAGCUCCCAGCUGAUCCACAAUGGCAUCAUCAAUCUGCAGUCGAUGGACAAUGCUGGGAACAAUCUGAGCGGCGAUAGCGACAUGAUUUUCGGAAACAAAAUUGCUCUGCUGGGGGGUGACUACUUGCUGGCCCAUGCUUCCAAGCAAAUUGCUACGCUGAGGAAUCAAGAUUUAAACAUGCUGAUGACGUCGGCCUAUAGAGAUUUGGCCGAGUCGGCCUUCAUUGGAGACACCGAUGAUCAGAAUAUUCCACUUCCUUCAAAACCAACCACUCCACCGGGAACUUCAACGCCAGAAUGUACCCUGGAAGAGUUGGAUUUCGGCGAUGUGCAAAACAACAAGGAACCGCUGCGACUCGAUGGAGUUAUGGGUCAUCCGGAGAAGGAAUGGUCCCUGCGACACGUGCUAGGAGGAGGAAGUCUGCUGGGCAAAAGUUGCCAUGGGGCGCUGAUGCUGGCCGGACAUCCGGAGGAACUGCAGAAACAAGGAUACCUGUUCGGCAAGCACAUGUCCCUAGCCUGGCAGGCGUCGAUCGAGCUGCAACCAUUUUUGCACAACGAGCUUCCGCUAGGAGCCCAGUUCAGUUUGGUCUCGGCCCCGGUGCUGUUCCAUCUGGAGUAUGAUCCGGAGAUCUACGGCAUCAUCGAGAAGGGACGCACCUCGGUUGAGGAUGUGGAUUAUGUGGCUCUGCAUAACGAGGUGAUUCGAGGCCCCGGCCUGGAGAGGACCCGAAAUCUCCAGAAGAAGCACAGUAUGGCUGCGAUGAAUGUCCUGACCCGGUUUCCGUCCUCGGAUGCACAAACGGCACUGCUCAACAUCAUCAUGGCCAUGCAGCAGCUCUGAUUGAUGUGUUGUGAAAUUAUAUUGACUUAAUGAAAAAAAUAUGUAUAAAAUGAACAUAAUCAUAUUUUUACUUUAAAUUGUUUUAUAAAUUGUGUUUUUUUCUUCAUCACUAACAUAGCAGUUGUGUUAUUUAUUAAGAGCUAAAUUUUGCUUUUGUAUUAAACUUAUAUUAUUUUAUGUAUUCAUCUGUAGAGUUUUAAUUGGAGAUUUGUUAAAAGAUAUGUUUAUUUUAAGAAAUUUUAUACUUACAUGU